UGCCAAGGUCCGCCCUUUGCUGUAUUCUGAGAAAACGUCAUGUUUACGCUGGAGCAAAAGUGAGCAAUAACAACACCAUCACAUCCAACGUUGAUUUACCGGCAGGCAGGAGUGAUUUGACCACCGUUACAGUUCCCGUUUGAAAAAAUAAAUAAAAAAAAAACUAAAGCGCAAACGUAGAGAAUGUCUUACCCAGGAUACCCACCUUCUGGUUACCCUCCCUCCUACCCUGGAUAUCCUCCUCAGGGCAGUGCUGAUCCUUCCUUACCUGGUGCAGGCCAGUACCCCUAUCCCGGGGGGGCUCCAGGAGGCUACCCCCCCAUGGGUGGAGGAGCUUACCCACAAGCCCCAGCAGGGGGGUACCCCGGAGCUGGGGGAUACCCUGCACCGCAAGGGGCCGGUGGAUUCCCUGCCCCAGGGGGCUACCCCCAGGCACCUGCUGCAGGUGGAUACCCUUCUUACCCUGGAGCUCCCGCAGGCCCGGGGUACGGAGUCCCUCCAGGAGGUCCAGGCUACGGGGGCUACCCACAACAGGCUCCCCAGGGUUACGGAGGAGGACAGAUGCCUCAGCCAGGAUACCCAGGUGGACCUAUUCCAGGCCAGCCCCCAGGACCCGGCCACGCCCCUGGACAGAUGUAUUAUGGAGGCACACAGUUUGUUGCCUGGGAAGAACCUCAAAGGAGUUAUGAGCAGCCAAUGAUGGGAAUGCCAGCCUAUGAGGGGACAAUCAAGCCGACCCCCAACUUUAAUGCUGAAAACGACGCAGAGAUCCUGCGGAAAGCCAUGAAGGGAUUUGGGACGGACGAACAAGCAAUCAUUGACGUUGUUUCCCGUCGUACCAAUGGAGAAAGACAGAAGAUCAAAGCUAUGUUUAAGACAUUGUAUGGGAAGGAUGUCAUUAAAGAACUGAAGUCUGAGCUGAGUGGAAACAUGGAAGAAGUCAUCCUUGCUCUGUUCAUGCCUACCACAUACUAUGAUGCUUGGAGUUUAAGGCAUGCAAUGAAGGGAGCAGGAACGCAGGAGGAUGUUCUCAUUGAGAUCCUCUGCAGCAGAGACAACCAGCAGAUCAGGGACAUUGUGCAGUGCUACAAUACAGAGUUCCAAAGGGAUCUCGAGAAGGACAUCCGGACAGACACCAGCGGACAUUUCGAGAGGCUGCUCAUCUCUAUGUGCCAGGGCAACAGGGAUGAGAACCAGACGGUGAACCUCCAGAAAGCACAGGAAGAUGCCCAGCGCUUGUACCAGGCAGGAGAGGGCAAACUGGGCACCGACGAGUCCAGCUUUAACAUGGUUCUGGCUGUUCGCAGCUUCCCGCAGCUGAAGGCUACUGCUGAAGCUUAUGCAACGAUUAGUAAACGGCAGUUAGAGAGUGCCAUCGACAAGGAGUUCACUGGCAGUGUGGAAUCUGGGCUGAAAGCAAUUGUGAAGUGUGCCCAGAAUCGCCCAGCAUACUUUGCUGAAAGACUGUUCAAGGCCAUGAAGGGAGCUGGCACUGAUGACUCUACUCUCACUAGAAUUAUUGUCACCCGCAGUGAGAUUGAUCUUGUACAGAUCAAACAGGCCUUCAUGCAGAUGUACCAGAAGACUCUCCACACAGCGGUUCAAGGGGAAACCAGUGGAGACUACAAGAACCUGCUUUUGGCAAUUGUUGGACAAUAAAGUCAAGCCCAAUCCCACUACAUUGUAUAAUCUUUUCUAGUUGUGUUUCACAUAAAGGAUCUCCACAAUCCUCAGUAAUUCCUAGAAGUGUGUAUGUACCAGAAUAAAUAAGUUUUAGUUUUUAGAACAGGCAUUGGUUAUAUCAUUAGUGCUUAUCGUUUGUACUUGCUUAAAAUAACUUUUUUGUAGAGUUUAGUUUUUUGGUGUCAAUCUCGGACUUAUGUAAUAUUUAUCAGCCUUCUUUCUCAUUCCAUUUUGCAUUGGAGCCUGAGAAGCAGGUAGUAGAUGCUCUUGCUAAAUGUUUUAGCCCGCAUUUGUUUGCUUGUAACAAUCAAGGUAUGUGCCAGUUAAUAGUGACAAUUACUGUACUCUAUGCAGUCUAAAAAUGUAUAUGAAUGUUUUUUUUUUUUUAAAAGCAGUUGUGAUGUUACCUACUGUACAAAGAUAUUGCCUUAGGAAGAUAUAAACCAAGUUAUUAUAUGUGCCUGUAUACAAAUUUAAUUACAAUGCAUUAAAGUGGUUGCGUGAAAUACAUUCUAAAUGUUUAUUUAAACUGAACUAGCAGACUUAACUAGGGUAAUCGAGGGCCAGAUGAAUUUGGUAAACAUGGAUAUAAAUGUUAGUGUGAUUGUAGUUAGCCCGUAUGUUUAAUUUGAAUAGCAUGCUUUUGCAUGUUUUAUCAAGGUGCUCAUGCCUGCAAAUAAGCGGAACACUUAAACCUAAUUUUCUUUUUUUUUUGGUUGGGUCCAAUACAUGGAAGGUUUUUCAGAACUGAAGGUGGAUGGGUACAGUUGUUUGCAAAUUGUAAAAUGUCAGUAUCAGAGGUGCUGAUGGAAAGUGUGUUGUCUGUGCCACUUCUAAAUAAACUGAAUAAUACACAUGAAGCAA